GGACCUCGCAUCCCAGUCGACUCAGUGGUCGAGACUCACUCAUAUCACUCUUUAUAAGAGUGUUACCCUACCUUAAUACUCUGAGCCAUGUCGCUCAUACAGGGCUACUCGUCUGACGAGGAUGCUGGCUCGCCACCACCGACUGGCGAUGUCUUCGGCCUGUCUGCCAUCCAUGCGGCCAAGAAACCUCGGGUAUUGGUGCAAGAGAAGGGAAUCAUUGCUCCAGCACCAGCCGACUCUGCGCCUCACGUCCUGGCGGAGGACCCGCUCAAGCAAACAUCACUGGUUACGCGGCCUACGGACACGCAGAUGAACGUCAACAUCCCCUAUCAAGACAUGAUGCUCCCCAUCCAAGGCCCCGAAAACCCUUUCGGUGACCGUAACCGCUUCAUCAACCAAAACGCGCUCGCCGGGCAUGUGGAAGAGCAGGAGAUGACGGAGCACGCGUUCCGGCAGCAACACCUGACGUACCACAUCCUGGGCUACUCCGCGAACCCUUCCAUAGAUCCCAACGCUCCCGCGAUCAUCGGCAACAUGGAGGUGGCGCGGGCGAACGGCUUCCGGACGGUGGACGGGGUGCAGGCGAGCCGGUCGCAGAAGAAGGAGUUGAAGCGGAAGCGGAAGGAGAAGGGGGACCUGGAGGUCGUCGAUGGCGAGGGGGCAUACGUCGGGCCGUGGGGCAGUUGGGACGGGGACCAGCCGAAGAGCGUGUUGCCGGACGGCGUCGACCCGAAUGCCGAGCCGGGGGAGGAGGAGGUGUCCGAGGAGGAGGAGGAGGUGCAGACGAAGAAGGCCAAGCCGAAGAAGGGCGCGCCGGGGCAGGAACACUCCGUCUUCCACGGCAAGUCCAUGACCGACUACCAGGGCAGGACGUACAUGUCGCCACCGGUCGGCGAGGCGCCGCAGCUGCAGGCCGAGCCAGGGUCGCAAGACACGUUCAUACCGAAAACAUGCAUCCAUACUUGGACCGGUCACACACAGGGCGUCUCUGUCAUCCGGACGUUCCCUCAGACGGGUCAUCUGCUGCUCAGCGGGUCAAUGGACACCAAAAUCAAGCUCUGGGAUAUAUACACGCAUGGCAAUUGUCUGCGUACGUUCCACGGGCAUGUGAAGGCCGUCAAGGACGUCACGUUCUCCAACGACGGUCGCCGAUUUUUAUCCUGCGGCUACGACCGACAGAUGAAGCUCUGGGACACCGAGACCGGGCAGUGCAUCAAACGAUUUAGCAACGGCAAGAUUCCAUACGUCGUCAAAUUCCACCCCGACGAUGAUAAGCAGCACAUCUUCCUCGCUGGGAUGUCCGACAAGAAGAUCAUUCAGUACGACAUCAACAGUGGGGAAAUAACGCAAGAAUACGACCAGCAUCUCGGCCCGGUCAACACUAUCACGUUCGUAGAUCAGAACAGACGGUUCGUAACGACCUCUGAUGACAAGACGAUUCGCGCCUGGGACUUCGAUAUCCCGGUGGUCAUCAAAUAUAUCGCCGAGCCUCACAUGCACUCCAUGCCUGCUGUUACACUCCACCCUUCCCUCAAAUACUUCGCAGCCCAGUCAUUGGACAACCAAAUCCUGAUCUACAGCACCGACAACUUCCGCCAGAACCGGAAGAAACGGUUCGCGGGCCACUCCGUCGCGGGUUACGCCUGCCAGGUCGGCUUUUCGCCGGACGGAAAGUGGAUCAGCAGCGGCGACUCCGGAGGAUAUAUGAUCUUUUGGGACUGGAAGACGGGGCGGAUCAAGUCGCGUCUGAAGGCGCACGACAAGGUCGUUAUCGCGCACGAAUGGCUGCCGCAUGAGACUUCGAAAGUCAUCACCGCCUCCUGGGACGGAUUGAUCAAGCUCUGGGACUAAGCAAGGCGCGUCGACGGACGAUGACAUCAUAGCCGCGGCCGAUGGCACGGAGAGAUGGAUCGUGGUUGCCUCUCCCCCCUUCCCCUUCCCCUCUCCCGACUUGGGGCCCCUCUUGCGGGCGGGGGGCAAUCUGGCUCCGCCGCCGGUUCCUCCUCGGCCCCUCUUUCCGCGUUCGUCACCCACUUUGUCGCGGACCCAGGACGCGGGCCGAUGCUCUUUUGUCACCUGCCCAACGCAAAACCC